AUGUCCGCAUGCAGUGGAGACGCAGAGGCGGCCGGGCCACGGCCGUGCGUGCCGGCCACCGGCGAGGCGCCAGCGCCGGCGGCGCAAAAGCCCCCGGCCGUGGCCCUGACGACGGCCUGCUUCGCGGUGUCGCUGGCCCGGCCGGCCGGCAGCCCGCGGGUGGUCCCCUACGCCGCGGUGGCGAAUGCCGCCCUGGGGGCGUGCUCCGGCGGCGAGUCCCUGCUGCAGGUGUCCCAGACCCUCCACCUGGCCAUCGGGAGUGUGGAGCUGGCUCUGCUCGUGACCGACCUCCGGGUCGACGGGGCCAGCCUGCCCGACGGGGCCAUCGACAAGUCGACGCAGGUCAUCCUGGCCGCCGGGCCGGAGGUGCAGCUCCUCGACGCGCCGGUGGUGGUGUCCCUGUCCGGGCUGCUGGGGCAUGCCCCGGAGCAGCAUGUCAUCCUGAAUGCCAUGCACCUGUCCCUCGGCAGCCUGGAUGUGCUCUUCGCGCCGGCCGGUGGCCAGGUGGCCCGGGCGCUGGCCGCCCACCGGCCCGACGCCCCGGAGGGCCCCUUCUACGCCAGGCACCAGGAGCGGGUGUUCCACAUCCGGAUCUGCCACCGGCCGACGGUCCCCGGGCUGGCGCUGCGGGCCAGUCCGCGGCUCUUCUCCUCGCUGGGGCUUCGGCAGCACGGGCGCCCGAUGCCGCUGGUCGUGUGCGACCCGCCCCCGGUGCUGGGGGUCGUUUGGCUGGAGACCGAUGAGCCCUUCGAGCAGCACGACCAGGCGCGCGUGCAGCGCGAGCUGGCCGGCGCCCCGCUCCAUGCCGGGCACGUGUCCUGCCUGGCGGGCACUGCGCGGACCGGUGCCCGGCCGGCGGACGGCCCGGGCGACACGCGCCGGUGGCUGCUGCUCGAGUCUCCCCCCGCCGGGGAGGCCGGUCGGCCGCUGUGUCUGGAGGCCGAAGCCAGCCCCCUGAGGGCCUUCCCGGCCGGGCGCGCGGCCAUCAGCCCGGCGCUUCACCAGAAGCUGCGCCGCGAGCUUUCCCACAGCUCGGACCUUUUCCUCCGGUGGGGGGAUCACCUCCUGCUGCUCUGCCCCGACCCGAAUCCGCGCACCGCCCUGACCGAAGGCCAGGUGACCCUCGGCCAAGGGGACUUCAAUCGGAUUUUUGCCCACCACACCAUCCUGCAGGCCGGCGUGCUGACAUCGCCCCCGCGCGUCUUCCAGGUGGAGCUGCAUCUCCUGGCGGCCGGCCUGCGGGCGGAGCGCGUGGCCCACCGGCCGGCCGAGGAGGCCUUCCUCCGGCAGUUUGACCGCUCGGUGCUCUCCCAAGGACAGGUGUGCCAGCUGCAGGCCGAGGGCAUGGCCCUGCGCGUGCAGGUGGCCCAGCUGCUGGGGGCCGACCUGCAGCCGCUGCAUGCCGGCUACCUGGACAUGGCCACCGUGGUGGCCUUCCUGCACAUCAGCGAUCCCAAGCAGAAGAUCCACGUGGCGGACCGGCCGGCCUCGGCCCUGGUGCAAGUUGCCCGGCUGGAGGAGCCCCUCCGCCUGCCGCUGGUGGCGCAGGAUGGCUUCGAGCACCCGGACCAGCAUGUCAUCCAUGUGACUGGCGGGACCUUCGAAGCGCUGCAGCGGCACUUCCUCCACCCGGGGCGGACCCUCUUCGUGGGCCCGAACUAUCGGCUAGAGACGCAGCCGACGGACUACCCGAAGCUCAAGCUGCACCAGGUGCUGGUCGAUGAGUCCCUCUACCGGAUGAGGGGCGACGGGCUGUUCUUGCGGUAUGUCCGGCCGCCGGCGCUGCUGGUCAUCAAGUGCAUCGUCGAGCCGAGCGGCGAGGACUCGCCGCCGGUCAUCGGCCCGCGGGUGCUGGAGCGCCUGUUCCUCCGGUCCAUCCCGCCAUCGGGCGUGGUUUGGGCCAAACAGCAAUGCGCCAUGCCGCCGGACCUGCCGGGGCUCAGCAUGUCGCUGACCUGGAUGCGGGACCUGGCCGACCGGCCGGCCAUGGUCGGGACAUAUGUUCCCGGGGUGACGCGGCUGUCCUUCGGAGCGCACGGCGUCCAGCUGGACCCCAAGCCGGCGCACCUCCUGGCGCUGGGCUGCGGCCGGCAGCUGGUGGCGCUGGAUGCGCUGUUCACGCGGACCCCGUCGGCCCUGUAUCCGGGGCUGCUGCUGCCGCGGGAGGUGUUCCAGUCGGCGGCCGAGGCGCGCAAUGAGGCCCGCCCGCCGGAGUGCCUGUUUUUCCAGUGCCGCGGCCGGGUGUUCAUGGCCCGGCUGGCGGACACGCACCAUGUGUCGGGCGUGGUGCGCGUGUGUGAGGACCUGCGCGAGAGCAUGUACCCCGGGCUGGCGCCGAUGUCCUAUCUGCAGCCGGCCCCGGGGGCGAGCUACCUGGGCACGGUGCACCUGCGCGUGACGCCGGCCGACGCGGCGUCCGCCCGGCCGGUGGCCGCCGACAUGACCGAGGAGGACCUCCGCCGGGCCCUGGGCCUUGUCUUCUCGGAUGGCAGCAUGGCCACCAUGGAGCGGCGCGUGCUCCGGGGGCUGGCCCUCAAGCCGGAGCUGCUGCUGGACCCCCUCGAGCAGACGGUCGCCUGCGGGCUCUUCCACCCGGGCCGGACGCAAGUCCAUCUGCACCUCCGAGAUGUGGUGCUGCUGCUGCCGCCGCCGCGGCCCGGGGCGCCGGAGGGGGGUGGCCCGGCGGACGCGCAGCCCGAUGGCGGCCCGGCCCGGAGCCCGCCGGCCCCGAGGCGGGGCGCGGCCCGGGCCCCGAGGCGACGCCUGCGCCUGGGCUCCAGGGCCCCGUCCGACUGA